GUUUCGUCUUGGCGGUCGCUUUACUUAAUUCGCUGACAAACGAUCCGCAGUCUCAUCGAUCGCCGCCGUUACAUCUUUCGAUAUUUCAAAAAAAAAAAAAAAUAAAAUAAAAUAAUAUCAUAGAUAUAAUUAUUUUUUUCUGGUGUUUUUUUACUGCCUUCUCCGUUCUUGUUGAGUGUGUGAUGAUUAUGUGCCAGAGAACUGGAAAGUACUGAAUCGAAAUCGAAAGUUAUUGAAACAGGAUCCUGGACAGGAUGUCUUUGGGUAUUGUUUACCUAUGCCUUCUGGCGAUUAUUGCCAGUGGUCGGGCCCUCGAUGGAGUGGUUCAGCCCACUUGCAAUCUGAAGGACAAUUGCAAUUUGGGCGAUAAUCUCCUGGCAGCUGCCAAUUCCGCCUCAGAAUCCGGCGAUGUCACUGCCGACAAGUUGGAGAGCAAAAUCGCCUCGAUCUUCGAGGAUAAGGUUAACUAUAGUCUCAAGCUGUUUGCCGAUGAUGCCGCAACCACGAUAUUGGAAUAUCAAACGGCCAAUUUGAGUCAGUUGCAUGCCGCUCCACCAGCGAACUACACACUUCACGAACAAAUCGCAGUUACCGAUGACGAGGAGCAAGUGGAGGAGGAUGAAAGGGUUUACUUGUACAAUAUUGGCAGGCGUUUUCUGGCGAUUACGCAACCCUUCGAUCCGGCCAGAAAUCCGGAUGCCUCGUCGCUUUGUCGUCGCCAGAUGCAUCAGUUUCUUAACGCCUUGGACAACUUCGAUCUGUGGGCUCUGAAGAUGCACGAUGCCAGUGGCAAAUUAAACUCGGGCAUUUUAAAUGGCAACAUUAAUCAACCCGGCGAUUUCGAUCAGUGUUUGAGCGUUCAGCAGCGAAUGAAGGAUCUGGACAAGGAUAAGGAUCGGGAUGAGGACUCCAUUAUCCGGGGACAGUACUGCCUGGCAUAUGCUCAACCAGUUCUGCCACACAACUCGAAGCGAUUGCAGAGUUUUUUCAAGCUGAUUCAAUCGCACGGACCUUUCAAAAGCGAGUUCAAUGACCCCGGCCAUCGAGUGCCCCGCUACUCGCUGAUCAACUGGGGUCUUUGUGUCCCAUCCGGCUGCUCCGCCCGCGACGUGGAGUUCAGCAUCUCCGAGUUCCUGGCCAACCAGACAGCCUCCACUGGGAUCACCUUCAACGUGCGUGUCGAGCCGCAGAUGUGCCAGGUGCGGGAUCAGCGGCCUUGGGACAGGAACACCACCUGGGCGGUCCGGUUCUUCCUGCUCGUCCUCUCCGUGGCGGUGCUAUCCACCAUCUACGAUCGGUCCACCAAGGCGCAGCCCAAGCAGAAUGCCUGGUUCACGGCCUUCUCGCUGGACAAGAACCUCCGCUGGCUGUUCAGCACGAGCAGUGCUCCCGGGGACAUCGAGACGGUCCAUGGCAUCCGCUUCCUGAACGCCAUCAUGCUGAUCUUCUCGCACAAGUCGAUGGCCAUGUUCUUCAAUCCGUACAACAAUCGAACCGCGAUGUCCGAAAGUUUGGGACAACCGUGGACGGUGAUUGGGCGAGCUGCCUCUUUGUACACAGAUCCCUUCCUGCUUUUCAGUGGAAUGCUAACGGCUUACUCGCUUUUUGGUCGCCUCAUGAAGCAGCAACCCAUCAGAUUGAAGAACGAAUAUAUUAGUAGGCUGAUGAGGAUUGUUCCUCCUCUGGCCGCCUUGAUCCUCUUCUGCACUUAUGUGCUGCCCUUGUGGGGCAGUGGACCCCAGUGGAACCUGGUGGUGGGUCACCAUGCGGAUAUCUGCAAGAAGAACUGGUGGCGCAACCUUUUGUUCAUCCACAACUACUUUGGCUUCGGCGAGAUGUGCCUCACGCACACCCAUCAUUUGGGCAUCGAUACGGAACUGUUUGCAGUGGCUCCCAUUCUCAUCCUGGGACUCUGGCGGUGGCCACGACGCGGUCUCUUCGUCCUGCUGCUCCUCUGCACCGUGGGAACGGCGGCGAGGUACUACACCACGAUCGUCAACCAGCUGUCCAACUAUAUCUACUUUGGCACCAACAUUCAGAGGUUAUUCCGCACCGCGGACUACAUGUACUCGUUCCCGCCGCACCGCUCCACGGUGUACAUCAUGGGCAUCCUGCUGGGCUAUGUGCUGCGCAAGUACCAGAACGCCAAGCUGAGCAGCCUGCAACUGCGACUGGGAUGGCUGGGGGCCACCGCCUGUGUGCUGGCCUCCCUCUUGGGACCCGCUCCCAUGGGGGACAUCAACUACGUGUACAACUCCACACAUGCGGCCAUCUAUGCCGCCUUUGCGCCAAUUGCUUGGUGUCUGUUCUUCUCCUGGAUCGUUUUCGUGUCCCACAAUGGAUACACAAAUAAACUUACGAAGCUGUUUGCCUGGCGCGGUUUCCAGGUGUCCACAAAGCUGUCGUACGCCAUUUACCUGACGCAGUUCCCCGUGUUCUUCUUCAAUGUCGGCCGAAGGCGUCACAUUCAUCACUACUACAACUUUGUUUCGAUUAUACUCGAUACCAACGAAUUCAUAUCGAUCUUCCUGGCCUCCGUGGCUUUGACGGUGCUCUUCGAUGCGCCGUUCCAGAAUCUGAAGAAGCUGCUGAUCAAGCGACCCGCUGCUGCGAAGGCGACGAAGGAUAUUACAGCUCCUGUGACGGAAUCCCAGGAUGCGACGACAUUAGUAGCCUCAAAGCCCAGCAAUGCCCUCCAUUCGCAUCCGCACUCCGAUUAGUCUGGACCAUAAACUCUUUCUUAGCUGUAACUUGUAAAUGUCUUAGCAUUUAGUGGCAAUAUGUUUAGUAACCCCAGCGAUCAAAGCCCCCAAAAGUACCUCCCCUACUUCCCCUUCAAUCCGUCCAGUCCAAUACAAUCCAAUCCCAUAUCGAAAUACCCCCAAAAAUCCCGCCCUUAGUUUUAGUGGAACGCUUUAUACAUUGUAAAUUGUACUAUUAGUCAAAUCGAGCGACAAAUGAGAACCGAUUCGUAGUCAUAAACCAAUCAAUCACUGCUUGAUGUACGAUAUUAUCUUGCUUGCUAAAUUGGGUUUCGAGAGGAAGUCACUGGAUGAACCCAAUCCAUAUAUGUAUACCCUUAUUGGAUUUGGGGAAUCCAGCUGAGACUCUCGAAACCCAUGUUUCUUAGAAUACUUACGUUACCUUAAGCGAGGUCGAAUGUCGGUUUUUUUUUAAAGGUAAUUUAAUAAAUCAAAUAUAUUAAUAUGUUACAAAAUCUUGAAGUUUUUAAUCCCCAAAGUAUGCAAUAUUCAAUUUCAGAGCAUACAGUUGAAAAGCCAUUGAAAGCUGUCAACAAACCCAGUUACAGUUUGAGACGCAUCAGUGGGGGAUGCCUAAUGUUGGUAAGGUUUUGGGAAUCACUGGAAGAAGGUUGCCAUUAAACUGUAAGACUGGAUCUCUACAUGUGAUUUUCAUCCGAUUCAAGCCAUCAAAUUGACCAAGAUAUGCCGAAUUGUUUAUCAUAAACCAAAAACAUUCUCACAACUAUAGAAAUACUGUCGACGCUAGCGAAUCUAAUUCAAAGAGUAAUCGUCUAUACAUAAGACCUAAUUGUUCAGUCUUAUUGGUCUUUUGUUAUUUAAUCUCUAACAUCUCUUCUCUGUCGAUGUUGAUGUGAACAAAUUGUUUAAUACAUUAAUAUCUUGUAACAAAUAGAUUGAAAGAAUUUAAUUCAUCAGCUCAAGCAGAAACUGAUACAGCUAAAAGUUAUACACACUUAUUGAGAAUUCUUAUUGCGCGCCUCAUCUGUAUCAAUUUUUAUGAUUGUUGAAAGUACUGUUUUGUACAAGCUGUGGUAGAGUUAACUAAAUUUUUAGUUUAAAUAGCAGUUUUAUUCGUUUUUCUAAAUCUUUUUGGCAGUUUCUUUUCCUAUAAGUACCUAUUAUUUGCCAAAGUUUGUACUUAAACACAAUGUAUCGCUCCUCUUUCUGAGAUUUAGAUCUGCCUUUUAAGAACAUAUUAAUGUUUAAAAACUUCUGGAUCGUAGUUUAAGGCAAAACAAAGGUUGUUUUUUAUAUACUUUAGUUUGAAAUUGUUAUAAAUUAAAGGAUUGGGUAAUAGCGCUUACAACAUUUUAAUAAACUUUCGGAGAUCACAAAAAUAAAUAUAACUAUUUAGCACUUUAAGGUUGUUCAUGUUUUUGUAAAAAGGCGCCUGCUUAUUUUUUUGGCUAGGGAAGCUGCAGGUUAUAAAAGGCGAUACGUUGAGUUUAUGUAGCCUUGUUCUUUAGAAAACCUGCAAUUAUUCUCACCAGACGCUAACGAUUUCUGGGGCAACCACGAGGAUUACCUUUCUAGUUGGGGUUAUGUUUUGGAUGUUUAUGUAUAAUCAUUUUGGCGGUUUGGACGCCUGCUUUUCAAGGCAUUUUAGUCACAUUAAAAAAAAACAGCUCGUACCAUUUCACUUUUCUUUCACAAACAGUAAAAAAAUAGUCACCAGAUUCACUUAAUAAAAAAAAACGUUCAUUUAUUAGCGCUCGAGCGAUUUAUUCGCCCAAUAGGGCCAUUUAACUGUGGAUUUGGAUGUUGUUUUCCCGCAGAGCCCGUGGCUGUCGUUCGGCUAGCAGAAUGUAUA